CUCUAGGGGAGUAUAGAAUUUCUGUUUCUUUUUGCAGACAUCAGCAGCUACAGCUACAUAAGAACUUCCUUGGUCUUCUAUAGAAAAACCCACCUCAGCAUUUGGUUUCCUUCAUCACUGGUGGACUUGCACUGUCUCGUCACUUGCCCUGGCCUCCCACACAGCGCCUAGUCUUGGCUCACCCACCAACAGUUAUCUUUGGGUCAUUGGCCAUCAUCCUCUCUCUCUAGCUCCUGAAACAUCCAGGGCUCAGAUGUCGACCCCAGAGGCCCCCAAGGACGUUUCUCUCUCCCAAGGCAUCCGCAUGAUGUUUUAUGUCCUGAAGCCCGAUGAGACCUCCUUUUCCAGCUUGGAAGAAGUGCCUGAUUAUGUGAAACAGGCGACACCAUUUUUCAUUUCCUUGAUGCUGCUCGAGUUGGUCCUCAGCUGGAUCCUCAAAGGGAAGCUAGCAGGAAGAGUGGAUGAUGCUUUAACCUCCAUCUCGGCAGGUGUCCUGUCUCGGCUUCCAACACUCUUUUUCAGGAGUAUUGAGUUGUCCACUUAUAUUUAUGUCUGGGAGAAUUAUAGACUCUUCAAUCUGCCUUGGAAUUCUCCAUGGACAUGGUAUUUGACCUUUUUGGGAGUUGACCUAGGUUACUAUUGGUUCCACCGCAUGGCCCAUGAGGUCAACAUCAUGUGGGCGGCACACCAGACACACCACAGCUCUGAGGACUACAACUUAUCCACGGCACUGAGACAAUCCGCCUUCCAAACAUAUACGUCCUGGAUCUUUUAUUGUCCCCUGGCACUGGUCAUCCCUCCUCCGGUGUAUGCCGUCCAUCUCCAGUUCAAUCUUCUCUACCAGUUUUGGAUACACACUGAGGUCAUUGAAAACCUUGGACCUUUGGAACUUAUUCUCAACACCCCAAGCCAUCAUCGGGUUCACCAUGGCAGAAACCGUUAUUGCAUAGACAAAAAUUUUGCUGGUACCCUUAUUAUUUGGGAUAGAAUUUUUGGAACAUUUGAAGCGGAGAAUGAAAAGGUUUCAUAUGGCCUCACACACCCUAUUAACACCUUUGAACCACUCAAAGUACAGUUUCAUCACUUGCAUUAUAUUUGGAACACAUUUUGGAUCACACCUGGUUUCUGGAACAAGUUGUCCGUCGUAUUCAAAGGACCAGGAUGGAGUCCUGGCAAACCUAGGCUUGGUCUUCUUGAGGAAAUCCCUGAGAUCACAGGAAAAGAAGUUCCUUAUGCCACCCAUGUGUCUGGCUCACUCCAGCUGUAUGCCCUUGUGCAGUUUGCUCUGAUGCUUGGUUUUUAUGAGGACACAUUUGCUGACAAAGGCGCUUUGUCACAGGCCACCCUCCUCCUGAGAUCAGGCUACAUCAUCCUGACACUGACUUCCAUCGGAUUCCUCAUGGAGCAAAGGCCUAGGGCAGCCAUUUUGGAAACCAUCCGGUGCUCGGUGUUUUUAAUGCUAUAUUGGUUGAACUUCUUGAAACCCUUCAUUCCUUCAUGGACAUAUGUGUUUGAGGGCCUGAUUACUUCUGUGCAUGUGUGUCAGCUACAAGCCUUCCUCAUAUCAAGACCAAGACCCUGUUCACUUAGUCACACUGAAUCUCAGUGGAAAAGGAGCAAAUUCAACACUGAGGCCCAAUCUGGGGCCUUGCCUGCCAAGGUUUUCUUUUCUAUCUGCACUAUGUAUUGGGGAAUAAGAAGUAUGAGACAACUUGUCUCAGGCCUCCCAAAGCAGUUCUGAGAUGGGAUGUCUAGAACCUUCUGUAGAUACAAGAAGGAGGAAGCAUUGAAGGACCAAAUGUAACGCAGGAGCAGAUGCCAAGGUUUUGAUGCAAAGGAAGUAAUUCAGUGCUGGAUUCUUGCAAGAACUGUUUACAUGAAGAUUGACUCCAAUGGUCAUUGAGUUUGGCUUCACUUUGCUAUGAAUUGUUAUCUAUUAUCAGUAGAAUCUGAUGUUAAUUUUUUUUCAUAUGAACUUUGAAUUCAAUACUGUGUCAAAAUCCUGGUUAAACAUCUCUUGUGUUGUCACUUUUCAAUUAGGUCAGUUGUGGGAGCACAACUACUUUUGUACAAACUGAAGAUUUUAUUUGUGACAGCUUAAUAAUAUAGCUUGCUUUUCCUUGGGAAUUUAUUGUAAUAGUAUUAAAACACAUAUUUGGGUCCAUAAACAUAUCAUUACAAUAGGAACUCAAUACUUUACAUAAUGCAAAUUUGAUUCUUAAAGCACACGAUUGGACCUUUGGGAAGAACUGUGAUUGACGUGGAUAUCAGAACAUCAUCAGUUUCGGGCUACCCGAGAGCUGAGAGAGCUUCCGGCCCAACCCUUUCCUCACUGGUCCAAUAUUUGGUCUAUAAUUGGCAUUGAAUCAAUACUUGCUUAUUUCUUGCUUAGUUUUAAAGAUGAAGAAAGGCAGGUCCAGAGAUGAAGUGACUUGUCUAAGGUCACAUAUAUAGUAAAUGAGAGAGGCAGCAUUUGAAACCGGGUCUUCUGACUUUCAUUCCACUGUCCCUUCCUCUGUACCAAUCAGCCUGAGUGUCAAGACUGAGAGGAGACAUGAUGUAGUUAAGGUAACAGGAUGAUAUUGAUAGCAACAAUAAUCAACAACAUCAUCUAUGUAAGGCUUUAAGGUCUGCAAACAUAUAAAUGCCUACAUAUGCCCAGAUAUACAUACACAUGCACAUACAUGUAUGUAUAUGUGUAUAUAUGUAUGUACACACACGUGUUUAUGCACGUAUUUAUGGUCAUCUGAUAAGAAGAUGGGGUUCUGGUUCAAUCCCAAAUACAGACUGUGUAACCCUGGGAAUGUCACACUCCCUCUCAUUGUUCCAGGCACCACGUAAGACUUAAGUGACACAUGAGAUUCUGAUCCACAUCCAUUACGGGAAGACAUUUUCACAGGAGAAAAUACUUAUAUCAAUGAAAUUACAGCUCUGAACCAAUUGGGACAAAUACACACAUAAAUGAGUGAAAGCAUAAAUAAACUGAUGGAUUAAUGAUUGAACAAGAAUAUAGGUAAACGAAUAAGUAAAUGAAUGGACAAAGAAAUAAACUAAUAAACAAGUAAAAAUAAAUGAAUGUUAGAACAGAAUCGUAAGUGAUUUUGCUAAAUGAAUAGGGGCAGCCUUCUGGAGGCCUCCACUGAAGAGCUUCCUUGCAGCUUCAUGUUAUUGUAAAUUGUGGAAUAAAGGUAAAUGUCACAGUGAAA